CUUCCUUGAACAUAAAUUCUUUUUCCAAGUUUUUCCAAUAAAAAGUCUAAUUCAAAUAUUUUUCCUCUCUCAAUUUGUUUUUUCUUGAGUAUAACACUCAAGAAAAUGUAUACUACUCUGUACACGUGGAGGCAUGAGCCAGUUGCAUCGAGAUGACAACGAUGUCAGCUUUGAUAGAUACACUCUGACACGUACUCAGACUCCAAUGCUGAAUCAUUAACAAUGCCAACUGCACGAAAAUUCAUUUGAUUUGAUGAUGAUUUGGAUCAGUCUUAUUUGUAAUUUUUAUCCUCAAUUUAAUUCAUGAACAGAGGAAAAACGAAAUUCAAAUGAUCCCAGUGCAAAAAAAUUGGACGGUAAUUUAGUCCCAUAAAGUCUAGCAUUAAUUAAAAUCCCCAGAAAUGGACCCAGAUUACAACCCGAGUUACAGAUCCUUGAUAAACAACAAAUGGGUUUCAACAGUAUGCAGUAUCUGGAUUCAAUCCACCAGUGGCUCUGCCUACACUUUUGGUAUUUACUCUCAAGCCCUCAAAACCAGCCAGGGAUAUGACCAAUCGACGCUUGACACGAUUUCGGUCUUCAAAGACUUGGGUGCAAACGUCGGCGUCCUCGCCGGCCUGCUUUACUCCGCCGUCACUUCUAAUCGGGGUCGGCCCACCACCAGAUUCGGCGGCGGGCCAUGGGUGGUUUUGCUUGGAGGGGCGGUGGUUGUCUUUUUGGGAUACUUCUUCAUGUGGUUAAGUGUUGCCGGGAUCCUACCGAGGCCGCCGGUGUUGCUUAUGGGAUUUUAUAUGCUUUUGGCUUCAAAUGCGACGACGUUUUUCAACACGGCGAAUGUGGUGACUGCUGUUCAUAACUUCCCCAAGUAUAGUGGCACAGUUGUUGGCAUCAUGAAGGGUUUUCUGGGGUUGAGUGGGGCAAUCCUGAUUCUGGUAUAUCAGACAGUUCUUAACAAGAAGCCUACUGCGUUUAUCCUUUUGUUGGCACUUUUGCCAUCUGUAAAUUCUCUUGUGUUUAUGUGGUUUGUCAGAAUUAUGCCAACUACCGAAGCAGAUGAAAAUAAAUACCUUGGGGUUUUGUCAUCUGUUGCGGUACUUCUAGCUGCAUACCUCAUGGUAGUAAUUAUCCUUCGGAAUGUGAUCACAUUUCCAUCUUCAGCACGUGUUUCGACAUUUGUUAUACUGAUUCUACUGCUGUUGUCAUUUCUGCACGUUGCAAUUAGAGCCCAAAAGCAGAAGUCCAACAGGAUCUUAAGAUCCUUGCUUGAGGAGAACCAAAUUUUUGGUAUGGUUCAGUCCAGACCAGAUCCUGAAGCUUAUCAACAACUUCCUGGCAACGCUGAUGAAGAGAUGAAUGCAAUAAAUGGGAGCAUGAUUGCCGAGCAAGGAGAUAACCUGAAUCUCUUGCAAUCACUGUGCAAUAUUAAUUUCUGGUUAUUAUUUCUUACAUCAGCAUGUGGUAUGGGAUCAGGACUAGCUACUGUGAAUAACAUCAGCCAGAUAGGACUGUCUCUUGGCUACUCAAGUGUACAAACAAGUACUUUGGUUUCGCUUUGGAGCAUCUGGAACUUUGGCGGUCGUUUUGGGUCAGGUUAUGUGUCGGAUUACUUCUUACAUGCAAAAAGUUGGCCUAGACCAUUAUUUAUGGUCAUUAAUCUAGUAGCUAUGACCAUUGGUCAUAUUAUGAUUGCUUCUGGUUUUCCCGGAGCUUUAUACGCUGGUUCUGUUUUGGUGGGCAUUGGUUAUGGAUCGCAAUGGUCACUGAUGCCUACCAUUGUUGCAGAGAUUUUUGGUUCAGAGCAUAUGGGGGCGAUAUUUAAUACUAUAACAAUUGCUAAUCCUGUGGGGACUUACAUCUUGUCAGUUAGAGUAGUUGGUUAUCUCUAUGACAGAGAAGAAACAGGAACUGACAAUACUUGCUUUGGGACCCGUUGUUUCGGGUUAUCAUUUCUUAUUAUGGCAGGCACGACUCUCUUCGGAUCUCUUGUUGCCUUAGGAUUGUACUUCCGGACAAGAAACUUCUAUAAGGAAGUGAUAUUGAGAAGACUUAACCAUCUAAUCAUUGACCGUGAGUAAGCAUGGAUGUCAUGAGCUUUUGUUUGGGUUUAUUCAUGUUCCAAGCAAUGAUUGUUCUUGCUGAUGGAACGAACCAAGUCCGGGUUUGCUUGAUUUGGUAGGUGCAAGACAAGUCUUUAAAACUGCGGAUCCUGACAUUUGUUCCAAUCAUCAAUUCUGUGGUAUGCAACAGUUGAAGCACAGAUUUGAGCACUUUUCUCUCUAGUGCCACAGAGCUACCGGAACGGGCAAUACGUGCUAGUUUAUCCAUCCUAUCCAGGGUCACUGAUUUGUCAAUCUGCCCUUCCAUUCAAGCCAAGUUAUGAAGCUGUUUUUUUGGGAUAUUGUAUCGACCCGAACUAGCUUUAUUUUCCACCACUCUGUCCUUGCCCCUGAAGCCAUUCGUAGCAGGACAUCACAGGAUAGUUUCCGUGAUCGUACCGGUACCUUUGCACUUGCUCUGACUAAACCCGUCUGAAAUUAUUUUUAGUUUUAAGAGUUCCAAACAGAAUUUCAAUUUGUUGUUUUGAGCAUUACUAUUAUGAGAUUCCUGAUCUGAAUAUUUGAAGUAAUUCUGGAUUCAUUGUUUUAUCAUUUUUAUUUUAUGUGGUUUAGGUUACUUUUCUAUAGAAAAUAAUAGCUUAUACAAUGCGUUGCACGCCUAGCCCUUUUUUUUUUUUCUUUUUUCUUUC